GGAAAAUUCAAAUGCUCUCAGUACUGGCCACAUGACAAAGGUGAAGUCUACUCCGUUGGUGAAGGAGAAGGGAGGAUAACAGUCACCAAUCUUGAUGUUCGACCAAUGUCGGAAGAGGACAACUUCGUGAGAGUGUGUCGCCUGAAAUUGGACUUUCUACAGAAUGGACGACCAGCAUCGCAGAUGGUCAUGCACUAUCAAUGGGAAAAUUGGCCUGAUCGGGGAGUGCCACCUACACGACUUACUGCUACGAAUCUACUCUCUGAGGUGCGUGGUACGACAAAACCAAUUUUGCGGUGGCAUUGCCCUCAGCUGGAAUCGGGAACUGGAACGAUUGUGGCAAUCGCAUACGUGCAGGAAAAAAUGCAACACGGGCAAAACUGUAUGGAUAUGGACGCACUAACGAAAGAAUUGCGAACUCAACGGCCUUACUCAAUUCAAAACGAAUUCCAGUACAUUUAUUUACACCGCGUGUUGUUGGCUUAUUUUCUUGAGAAGUAUCGCGAGCGUUUCGCACACAUAUUGGCUGGAGAAGGUGAAGCAAAGUACGCGAAAUGGCUUGAGGACUACAAAGCGCUUACUGGAUGUGAUUGA